CUACUUAAUUUGGAAUUAAGAAGCCGUGAAUAGUGUUUUGUGUUUUCACAUAAAGUAUAUAUUUUUUUCCUAAGAAAAAUAAGGAUUUUUAGGCCAUAAAAAUGGAAGAUAUUCCAAAUUCAGCAGAUGCCAACAAUUUACCAUUGCUUAAUUUCCAAUCAGAUGAUUUAUUGGAGAAACUGAAGUUAUUAAAUUACGAAAAGAAUUUGUUGAGUGAAUUGAAAAUGAAACCAUUGUCUCGAUUUUAUUUUGUGAAGUCGACCAACCCUGGAGAACAGUUUUUCAUGUUUACCAUAAUCUGUUGGUGGUUGUGCCAAAAGCUAGGAAAAACAAUGCAACGACCCCAGGAAUAUGAUGAUCCGAAUGAUGUUAUAAAUCGUAUUAUUGGCGUAUUGGAAGAAAUGGAUAUAAGUGUAGAUUUCGGCCCCACUAAAUUGAUACGUGGUGCUGGACACCAGUGUAUUUAUGUCCUGGAUACUUUGGCCACCCAGGCCAUCAAGGUUAUGAAAAUGUCCUGUCAACGUUUACAUAUAACCCAGGAGGAUGAAGUGGCCAAUGAUUAUUUGGAAGAUAAUGCAGAAAUUAUAUUGGAACGUAUUGAAGAUGAGCAGAAUGAGGCGAUGAGUGAUGAUGAUAAUAGUGAAUUGGAUUUAAAUCAAAAUUCGUUGAGGCAAUGGAGUCAACGUAAACGAAAUCAUCAUCAGCAUAAUCAACAGCUGUUAGAUAGUAGUGGGGGAAAUAGUUUACAGGUCACGGAUAGGUUAACGGAUCAGCAGUCAUGGCGUUUGGAAUUUGAACAGGUUCUGCCUCAGCUGAAGGUCUAUGUGAGGAGUGAUGUGAGGGACUGGAGGGCGCAUAUGAAUCAAAUGGAUUCAUUGAAAUCGAGUAUAACUGAGGCCACGGAAAACACCCAAUUGGAGUUGAAGAAACUCCACAAUGAGUUUACAUUUUCGCUGGAGAAAAUUGAAAGCCGUGAAAAGCAUUUGAAUAAUGAACUGCAUAAUUUGAUAACUCAAUACAAGGAUGUCUCUAUAGAGCUAUCAAAUAUCCAGUAUGCCCAUACUCAAGUUUUGGAGGAGACCGAGCGUUCGGUGGAACAGCUGAAAUCUGUGAUAGCUGAAAAUGAUAACAAGAAGGCCGAAAUGGAAAGGCGCGGACAAAUGAUGUCGGAUAGCAGUUUUGUGAUGACCAUCAAAAAAGCUGUUGCCAAACUCAAAGACGAUGUGGCCCAUUUAAAUCUGGAAGUGGCCUUAUUGGUUAAUGGCAUUGAUCGGGAUAUACUAAAGCACACAGGGCCUUCUGUUGAAAUUGAAAAAUUUUAAAAUAGACCACGAAGAAUAAAAACGAACCAUUUAGAAAAAAA